GAGUCCGUCGUCAGUCACCGGCGAGACAGACAUCGGCGCAGGGCUAGAGAAGGGCACGAAGAUGCCCCUCGGAUAAACGGCCAUCCCAAACUGGACAGACACCGUGAGCACCCGCCUGGGUACGACAGCUCUUCCACCAUGAUGAGCAGCGAGCUGGAGUCCAGCAGCUUCAUCGACUCGGACGAUGACGACAACACGAGCAGGUUGAGCAGCUCCACGGAGCAGAGCACUUCGUCGCGGCUCAUUCGGAAGCACAAACGCCGGCGGAGGAAACAGAGGAUGCGGCAGAUGGACAGGUCAUCCUCGUUCAGCAGCAUCACUGAUUCUACUAUGUCCCUGAAUAUCAUCACUGUCACGCUCAACAUGGAAAAGUAUAACUUCCUGGGGAUCAGCAUUGUAGGACAGAGCAAUGACCGGGGCGAUGGUGGCAUAUACAUUGGCUCUAUUAUGAAAGGAGGGGCUGUGGCAGCAGAUGGACGAAUUGAACCAGGAGACAUGCUUCUGCAGGUGAAUGACGUCAAUUUUGAGAACAUGAGCAAUGAUGAUGCAGUACGAGUCUUACGGGAAAUAGUCUCCAAGCCUGGACCUAUUAGCCUAACGGUAGCCAAAUGCUGGGACCCCACUCCCAGGAGUUAUUUCACCAUCCCCAGGGCAGAACCGGUGCGGCCGAUCGACCCUGCAGCGUGGAUCUCUCAUACCACAGCCAUGACGGGAGCGUACCCCCGUUACGGUAUGAGCCCCUCCAUGAGCAUCACCACAUCUACCAGCUCCUCACUAACAAGCUCAAUUCCCGAUUCGGAAAAAUUAGAAGAAUCCCCCUUAACUGUGAAGAGUGACAUGGCUACUAUUGUCAAGGUUAUGCAACUACCAGACUCAGGCCUUGAAAUCCGGGACAGGAUGUGGUUAAAAAUUACCAUCUCCAAUGCAGUAAUAGGAGCAGAUGUCGUUGACUGGCUUUACACGCAUGUGGAAGGCUUCAAAGACCGACGGGAGGCUAGAAAAUACGCCAGCAGCAUGUUAAAACACGGCUACCUCAGGCACACUGUGAACAAAAUCACCUUCUCGGAGCAGUGCUAUUAUGUCUUUGGAGACCUCUGUGGCAAUAUGGCUGCGCUGACCCUUAACAACGGUUCCAGCGGCGCCUCGGAUCAGGACACGCUUGCCCCGCUCCCGCACCCCGCUGCUCCCUGGCCAUUAGGCCAGGGAUACCCAUAUCAGUAUCCUCUGCCCCCUCCGUGUUUUCCACCUGCAUACCAAGACCCAGGGUUCAGCUACGGCAGCGGCAGUGCAGGGAGCCAGCAAAGUGAAGCAUUAGACUGAAGGAUUCAUAAAGGAAUGGCUGACUCUAGGGGAUUGGAAGCAAAAGCAGCGGCU